AUGGCUAAGGCCAUCAUCGACGUAUUGCCCAAUACAACUCACAAAUUGUGCUUAUGGCAUCUCUUACAAAAAGUUCCUGAACAUUUAGCUCAUGUUUAUAACAAAUAUCCAGAGUUUCAACAUGAAUUUAACCAUUGUAUUCAUGAGACACUCACUAUUGAGAAGUUUGAGUUGGAGUGGACUGAUAUGUUAUUGAAGUACAAGUUGGAAGAAAAUAGUUGGCUGCAGAAUUUUUAUUCCAGGAGAUCAAAGUGGGUGCCCGCCUACCUGAGAAACACAUUUUGCGCUGGAAUGUCCACAACUCAACGAAGUGAGAGUAUCAACAAGUUUUUUAAAGACUAUGUUCGGUCAAGUAUGAUGGUAAGUGAAUUCGUCCAUCAAUAUGAUAAAGCUUUGAAUACCCGUUAUCUCAGUGAGAAAGAAAAAGAUGUGAAGACAAAAACAUCGAAGCCAAUUAUGAGAACUUCUUACAGUAUUGAAGAAGAAGCAGCCAAGAUCUACACAAGAAAAUCAUUUUUGAUCUUCCAAGAUGAUUUAUUUAAUAGCCAACGCUUCAAGGCAUACAAAACACAUGAGGAAGAUGGUCGAAAAAUUUACUGGGUGGGCAUUGCGGAGAAAGAAAAGCCGGCAUAUGAAGUAACACUUGGUAGGGAGAACAACACUGUUUCUUGUACAUGUUGUAAGUUUGAAUUUAUUGGCUUCUUAUGCCAGCACAGCCUACAUGUUUUGGCAAAGAAAAGUAUUUUGGAUACUGUGAUGCAGUCAUAUAUUUUGGAGAGGUGGACGAUGAAUGCAAAAAGUCGCGUCGUGGAUGGGAUAUGCGUCGAUGAGGGGCCAUUGGAGAUAGUCCCAUCAUCAUUAGUGAUGAAGCAUCGUUUGAUGAGAUAG